AUGCCCCGCACGGCACUGGGAGCGCGGGAGCCGCCGGUGGAAACCGGCUUUUUCUCCGCCAGCCUUUUCGCUGCCCGCCAGAAACCCCCGCAGGCCGCUGUCAAACCCCUCCUGCCCGAGAUCAAGCCGCAGGACGCCAGCAAGCUCUGCGUGGUCAUCGACCUGGACGAGACGCUGGUGCACAGCUCCUUCAAGCCGGUGAACAACGCUGACUUCAUCAUUCCCGUGGAAAUCGAUGGCAUCAUGCACCAGGUGUACGUGCUCAAGAGGCCACACGUGGACGAGUUCCUGCAGCGCAUGGGCGAGCUCUUCGAGUGCGUGCUCUUCACCGCCAGCCUGGCCAAGUACGCGGACCCCGUGGCCGACCUGCUGGAUAAAUGGGGGGCUUUCCGAGCGCGGCUUUUCCGGGAAUCCUGCGUCUUCCACCGCGGCAACUACGUGAAGGACCUGAGCCGCCUGGGCCGCGACCUGCGCCGCAUCAUCAUCGUGGACAACUCGCCCGCAUCCUACAUCUUCCACCCCGAUAACGCCCUGAUCACCUCGGGGGGGGGGCAUGUCCCUACCCCUCCUUUGUGCCUUCUGCUGCCCCCUGUCUAG